AUGGGUAGUUCAGAUAAUAGUGAGUUCUAUUAUGUUGCAGGAAUUGGCUUGCUUCUAAACAUCUUCUUAUUUGCUACCACAUUGUUGAUCCAUCUUUGCAAGCCUCCUAUAGAAAACACGGAUAUUGAAGCAUUAGAUCAUCUUCAAUAUCGAUUCGAAAACGAUCAUAAUUUGAACGUGGCCUUGUUACAUGAACACGAUACUGACAGCAACAAAAACCAACAAGAAACGAAGGGUGUGAGACUAAUUGAUCUCAUACCGGCUAUGAAGUUCAUAGAAGUGGCUAAGGAUCGCGUGUCGAAUCGAGGAAGCGGGUGUUCGAUUUGUUUAAAAGAAGGUUAUGAAGAUGAUGAGAUGUGUAAGGUUCUUCCUGGAUGUUGUCAUGUAUUUCAUUCUGAUUGUAUAGAUGAAUUGGUUCAAGAAAAGGCAGAGUUGCCCUGUUUGUAG